AUGAAGCAAGAAAUCAAUCAAUUAGGGUUACUGCAAUUAGGUGUCAUUCUAGAACUUGAAACACUAAGGUAUGAUCAUUCCACUGUCGAGGCUCCGACCCCUUUGUUAAUCUACCUAGUCGCUAAACUUUUGGAGGAAGCAGAAGCCAGGAAGAAGAGGAGGAGGCCACGUUACACUUUUGAGCAAGAGCUUACAUCUCUAUGGGAGAAGAUGAGGCGCCGUGACAUUGCGAAGGAGGAUCGAUCAAAGCUGAUAUCUGAAGCUGUACAAAAGAUGAAGGGGAAGAUCCCAGAGAUUGCACGUUCAAGUGUUUCUUCCCGUGUGCUUCAGACUUGUGUCAAGUAUUGCUCACAAGCUGAAAAGGAAGCUGUGUUCAAUGAGCUCCAGCCGCGCUUUCUUGACCUGGCGUCUAAGAAAUAUGCUGUUCACGUGUUGACCAAGAUGUUGGAUGGAGCGUCUAAGCCGCAGCGGGCAGUCUGUAUAUCCAGCCUCCGGGGACGCGUGGCUCGUCUCCUCCGUCACAUGUCCGGAUCUAUUGGUAUGUGGAGUAGUGAUGUUUAA